AUGGUUUUAUUGAAUUCACUAAGAGUUAUCCUACUGAAAAAUCCUUUGGGAGAGGAUGCAAUUGAGCAACCGGUGUUGGAGGUGAUUGAGGUGUUCGUGGAUAUGUUUGCCAUGGAACGCUUGAAGAUUUUUAUUGAUGCUUCUUUGGUGCAUGGGGGUAUGCUUAUAGAGGCAAUUGAAAACAUGGAGCCGAAUUGUCACAUGUACAAUACAGGUACCAUUCGAGAUGACUUUAGCAUUUAUGUGGAUGUGCUAGAUGAGUUCGAUUUCAAGUUGGCCUAUAUGUCCACACGGCACAAGGACUUCGAGGAGAGUGAGUCAGAUGAUGAGUCAUGGGUGAGCUCAGCAAUUGAUAGCAUUAUAAGGGAUGCUAUGUUUAGUGAAAACCCCGAGACUAAAGAGGAGCCACAGUGGAAGGAUGAGCCUAUGGUGGAGUCUAAGGGCGAGAUAGUUGUGAUCUCAAGUGACUACGAACAAGAGCCUAUGGAAGAGUCUAAGAUGGAGGUGAUCCUAAUUGAGUCAAGUGAUGAUGAGUCUAUGGAGGAGAUCAAUGGUGAAUUGGUUCAAGAGGAUCCAAGAGAUGUUCAUAUGAACGAAGGUUGCUAUGGAGUUAAGUCGACGAAGGCAUCGGACCGUUUUGGUGGGGGUGCUUUGGCAAGCGAAGCAUGUAGUGAUGGUGCACACUGGAAGCAAGACAAGGUCGGAGGAAGGGAGUUUUGGGCUGAGAGUAGGCAGCCAAGACUUUGGCAUAGCAUGGGAAGCAACGCCCAGAAUGCGCAACAAAACAUGGCUAGCAGGCACGCAGCACAGUAG